GUCAUGGUUCACUGAAAAGAUUCGUUCUUUUCAACGAAUCGUUCACUCACGAGCCAACACUAGCAAGUGCCAGUGCAGCAGCAGUGCAGAGGAGCAUCCAGACCAGAGUCCACCAUGAACAGAAUUCUUACUAAAACGAACGUGACGCGCUUGGCCGGCGUCCUGCAAAGGUUUCAGAGCACUUUGGUGGUUGCAGAACACAACAAUGACAAGUUGACACCGAUAACGCUCAAUGCCAUCAGUGCUGCUAGUAAGCUUGGUGGUGAAGUGGCUUGUCUGGUAGCAGGAACCAACUGUGCAAAGGUUGUGGAGGAAAUCAGUAAAGUACAAGGUGUGAAGAAAGUUUUGGUGGUUCAGAAUGACUCUUGCAAAGGAGCUCUCCCAGAGGAGCUGACACCGCUUGUCUUGGCCACGCAUAAGCAAUUCAACUUCACCCACAUCUGCGCUGGUGCUUCUGCCUUUGGAAAGAACCUGCUGCCAAGAGUGGCUGCCAAGUUGGAUGUGGCUCCAAUCUCCGAUAUUAUUGAAAUCAAGUCUCCUGAUACAUUUGUCAGAUCCAUCUAUGCUGGGAAUGCGCUUAGCACAGUUAAGUGUAGCGAACCUGUGAAGGUGUUCACCGUACGAGGGACGUCGUUUGAGGCGGCGCCCACAGAGGGAGGAAGUGCUGCAACAGAAAAUGUGGCUGCCGAUUCGGCCGUGGGAAUUUCCGAGUGGCUGGAGCAGAAUCUGACCAAGAGUGACCGUCCGGAAUUGACCAGCGCAAAGGUUGUCGUGUCAGGAGGAAGAGGUUUGAAGAGCGGAGAGAACUUCAAACUGCUCUAUGAUCUUGCCGACAAAAUGAACGCAGCAGUUGGUGCUUCUCGAGCUGCAGUGGAUGCUGGUUACGUUCCUAAUGAUAUGCAAGUCGGGCAAACGGGCAAGAUUGUGGCACCGGAGUUGUACAUUGCCGUGGGAAUCUCUGGGGCUAUUCAACACUUGGCUGGAAUGAAAGACAGCAAGACUAUUGUGGCCAUCAACAAGGACCCGGAGGCUCCCAUUUUCCAGGUGUCGGACUACGGCCUGGUUGCUGAUCUUUUCAAGGCUGUUCCUGAGAUGACCGAAGCGUUGAGCAAGUGAGGACGAAGCCGUCGUCAGGAUACUUUAAUGUAGCAGCUGCCACCUUCACCAGAAUGAGACUUGGUGUGAAUGUCUUUAAGAGUUUUAAACAUCAACAAUUAAAGAACUACUUUGAAGAUCAUUUUUGUGCCUUCGGUAGUGACUAUUAUGUGUAGGAGGUCUCCCUGUUGUAAUGUAUUAAAGGUGACAACUGACCUCUCA